GGGAGGGGGGGUGGUGGUGUGCGGUGCGGGUGGGGCAAUGACACGAGAAUCUCUCUGAACCGAAAAAAAAACAAAUCCAGCCCUCACCUACCUACUACCUCCCUCGCAGGCUUUUUGCCCGCACCAUUUUGUCUUUUGUGUUUUUCACAUAACAAACACAGUGGAGGGGCGUUGAAGGAAAAGUCGAUAGUGGAUGACAAUGGGGUCGGGCCCUAUAAAUCCGAAAGAACUCCUGAAGGGGCUGGAUUGCUUUCUCGGGAAAGACGGGGAGAUUAAGAGCGAGGAGGACGUCAUUCGGAUAUACAGUCUGAUGAAGGAAUCGAGGAAACUCGUGAGCAGAUGCACUUAUUUGAACAUCAUUCUGCAGACCAGAUCCGAGGACAUCUUGAAUCGGUUUAUCGCGGUGGGGGGCUAUAAGCUGCUAAACAGCUGGCUGGGCUAUUCCAAGACCAACAACAACCUCCCUCUGCUCCAGCAAAUCCUCCUGGCUCUACAGUUACUGCCUCUCACUGUCGACCACCUCAAGCAGGUAAGCCAAGCUCCCCCCACUCGCUGA